AUGAUGAAUGAUGAAAUUGAUCCUGGAAGGAAGGGGCGCAUUCUUCGUCGCAUCAUUACGACGUGUCAGGAUGGUUUCACUGCCAUUGAGGCAUGCCCGAAGCCAGUGAUUGCUGCUGUUCAUUCACAUUGUAUUGGUGCGGGCGUAGACCUGAUAACCAGCUGCGAUAUUCGUUACGCGAGUAGUGAUGCCCUCUUUAGCAUACGGGAAGUUGACAUUGGAAUGGCAGCUGAUGUGGGAACGUUGAAUCGAAUCCAAAAGAUUGUCGGAAAUGACAGCUGGACCAGAGAACUGGCUUUUACAGCCAGAAAUGUUGGUGCUGAUGAAGCGCUGAAGUUUGGAUUGAUCUCUCGUAUCUUCAACACUGAAAAAGAAGUUGUUGAAGGUGCUUUGGCUUUAGCGAGAAAGAUAGCAGAGAAGAGCCCCAUAGGAGUUCAAGGCACCAAAGAAGUGAGUGAAUCCAUUCGAUUGAACGUCCGAAUUUUUCCAAUUCUCAUACUAACCGCUCUUAGUGAGCGUUAA